AUGUCUCUCUUUGGGCAGUCGGCGACCGCGGGCGGGACGUCGCCGUUCGGCCAGCAGCAGAACAAGCCGGCAGCGACAGGCGGCCUGUUUGGACAGCCGGCGCAGAAUCAGCAGGGCGCAACCACGGGCACCGCUGGGAGCGGACUAUUUGGACAGCCGGCGCAAAACCAACCGAGCGGGGCGACGACAAUGGGUGGCGGGCUCUUUGGACAGACAGCCCAGAACCAGCAACAACAGCAACAACAACAGCAACAGCAACAGCAACAGCAACAGCCCUCCUCCCUCUUCGGCGGAUCGACCCUCGUCGCCUCGACUGCCAGGCCGUCCAUUUUCAGCACGGCUACGACCAAUACAACCGCGCCGUCGCAACAAAGCAACAGCACGAUGCUCGGCGCCAGCCUGCUCGGCGGCAGUCUCCUAGGAGCCACGGCUCAGAAUGGUCCGUCCCAGCAAGCCCAGUCGCAGCAGCCGGCUGGCGCCUACUUUGACAGCCUCUUCGCCAAGACACAGAGAGAAGGGGGCGCCAAGACCAACGUGGAGGAUCUCCCGAGCCUCGAGCUUGGCCUCGGCGACCUCCGCCACCGCCUGCGAAAGCUCCAGUCCAAGUCCAACGAGAAGCCCCUCGACGGCAAGGCGCAUUACCUGCUGGCCGCCUCGGGCGUCGACCCCAGCACCGCUGCCAAAGACCUGGGCAUGCUGGAUGUACAGGGCGCCCGGGCCGAGCGCGCCCACGGCUACGCCCCGACCGAGAUCGACGUCGAGACAUACUUGUCCAAUCUGCAGACCAAGACGACGCUGAGCAUGAUUGCCGACGGCCUUGAGCGGUCGAUACGUGACUUUGACAGCUUUCUCGAGGACAACGUGGCCAUGGAAUGGGAGGCCCAGCGGAAGCGCAUCUACCAGCACUUUGGCAUCAAACCCCGAGACGAUUCGACGGCGGCGGGCCGAGACGCCCAGGCCAGUGGCUUCGGCCGCUCGCGGCGCAGCAAGGGCCAGGGCGCUACCUCUCGCGCUGUCCGCAACAGCAUGCUCGGCAACUCGAUGAUGCAGCGCUCCGUUAUUGGCGCCCCGAGUCGCAUCGGCGCCCACCAACCCGAGUUCUCCGACGUCGACCGCUCUGCCGACGGGCCCGGCGCCCUCAAGACCCGUGGCGCGACCGAGGACCGGGCUCUCCGCGAGAGGCAGGCCAAACUGGCGGAGAAGGUGCGCGCCCUCAAUGCGGCGCGCUUGAUGAGGCGCCCAUACCCCAUCUUGGCCGAGCUGGGAGAGGUCGAGCAGAAAUCUCACGAGCCUCACGCGCCCCACGUGGUCGAGGCCUACCGCGCCACCAUCCAGAUUGUCGGCGAGGACCCGGAUGCCGAGAUGUCGCUCAACAAUGCCACGGCAGGGGAGCGGCAGUUCGCCCAGAUGUACCUGGACGAGAACCCUCACUCUGCCCAGUCUAUCGAGAUGAGGAAGCGAGUUCUGCACGGAAGCAACCACUUCCUGGAGAAUCAGUUCCUGCGCGAGGUGGAAUCGCUGAUCGCUAAGCACCCUCACGAAGCCAAACUCGGCGGCCUUCCAGACAUCACGAGCAAGAUCAAGGCCUACAUCCGCCUGCGCUCCGCCAGGAAGGAUCUGGUACCUGACAACACCGAGCUCCAGCAGAUUCAAGGCGAAUACGUGUGGGCAGUCGUCUUUUACCUUCUCCGGUCCGGCCACGUCAAUGAGGCGGCGCAGUACGUCAACGACAACAGCAGCCAGUUCAGGGGCAUCGACCGCACGUUUGCGACGUACCUCAACAACUACGCGGCCAGCGAGGACCGGCGCAUCACCAACCGGAAGCUGCUCGACCGCUGCACCAACGAGUACAUCCAGCGUUCUCGCAACGCGCCCGACCACUCCAUCGACCCCUUCCGGAUGGCGUGCUACAAGGUCAUUGGCCGAAUCGAGCUGGGCAACCGCAACCUCGAAGGUCUCAACACGGACAUCAACGACUGGAUCUGGCUGCAGUUCAAUCUGGCCAGGGAGGGAGACAAGACGGUCGAGAUGGCCGGCGAGUCGUACGGCCUGGCGGAGCUGCAGGCCAGCAUCCGGGAAAUCGGUCUCAAGCACUUCCCCAAGGCAAACUCCGAGGACACCAGCAACGGCAGCUUCGGCAUGUUCUUCUACCUGCAGAUCCUGUCGGGCAUGUUCGAGGACGCCGUGGCCUACCUCUACCCCUUUUCAUACGUGGACGCCGUCCACUUCGGCCUGGCGCUCGAGUACUACGGCCUCCUGCGACCGAGCGACCCGCUAUCUGCCUCCAACGACCUUCGCUGCUACAGCGUCAAGAACCUCCCACAAAUCAACUUCGGCCGCAUGAUUGGCUACUACACGAGGGACUUUCGCGCAGCCGACGUGGUGUCUGCCGUGGACUACCUGGCCCUGAUCUGCCUGAACCGAGACCUUGGUGGCGAGGCAGGGCAGCGCCAGGGCAGCCUGUGUCAUGAGGCGCUGCGGGACCUGGUGCUGGAGACUCGCGAGUUCAGCAAGCUCAUCGGAGACAUCCGGCCCGACGGACGUGGCAUCCGCGGCAUCAUCGAGGAACGCGGCCCGUUGAUCGGCCUAGACGACGAGGACGACUUUGUCAACACCGUGACGCUGCAGGCCGCCAGCUUCGCUGACGAGAACGGCCGGACCACCGACUCAGUACUGUUGUAUCACUUGGCAGGGGAGUACGAUACAGUCGUAGCCAUAGUCAGCCGCGCUCUCAGCGAGGCCAUCUCGCUCGAGAUUGGCGAGGACCCGAUGCGCUUGGUCCCGGUUAAGCCGCGGGCGGGCGGUCAGGAGGCGGAGGUGCAGCAAGGAAGUAGCCUCAGCCUGGCAGCUAUUGACGACCCUGUCGAGCUGGCCAGGACUAUGAUGGCCAUGUACGAGCGGGACGCCAUGUUCUACCGCAGGAUCCAGCCCCAGAACAAGGUGGCCUGCCGGGUGCUGCUGGAGAUGAGCAGCAUCAAAAAGCUGGUGGAGAUGAGUCGAUGGGCUCAGGGCCUGGAUAAAAUCCGUGGCCUCGAAAUCCUUCCCCUGGACGCGGCCGGCGACGCCAGCACGAUCCGGGCGUACGCGUCCAAGUUCUCGGGCCUGUCGCAGCCUGUGUCCAUCAACGUGCCGAACCUGCUGAUGUGGACCAUCAUAUGCUGCGUGCGGCAGAGGGAGCAGCUCACAAACGGGCAGUUUAGUGGCAACGAGGGGACGAGGAGGAUGAUGGUGGAGCAGCUGAAGCAGAUGACGCUGGAUCUGACGACGUACACGAGCCAGCUGCGCUACCGAUUCCCGCCGCAUUUGCAUGAAGCGCUGGCUAGGGCGUCGGCCGAGUGA